AUGUCAUCAGUGACAUAUUUCGCCCACAAGGGCAUCCCAUUUGCAGAAGGUGAAUACUCAGUGGACAUACUCAGCUAUGUGGAGAAUGAAUUCCAGCUCUUGGAUGACGAUACAGUGGUGGUCACUUACCCCAAGUCAGGAGAGUUCCUGGAGGAGUUCCUGAGUGGAAAUGUGCUGUUCGGUUCCUGGUUCGACCAUGUGAAAAGCUGGAUUGGAGUAAAGGACAGACCCAAUGUCUACUUUGUCUCUUACGAAGAGCUCCAGCAGGACAUGCGGGGCACCGUGCAGAAGAUCUGCCACUUCCUCGGUAAGGAGCUGACCUGUCAGCAGCUUGAUUCUGUGGUGGAAAAUGCCUCCUUCCAGAAGAUGAAGGACAGUGAAAUGUUGCAGCCCUCCCAGUUGCCAGAGGAACUUUUUGAACAAACAAAAGGGUCUCUAUUGAGGAAAG